AUGGGAACAGCCAGGAGUGGAGACUCUGAGCUCAUUCGCCUGAGCGCCAUCGAUUACAUAACCGGAGAAGUGCUCAUUAACAACCUUGUUAAGCCUGAUCAACCAAUGCAACAUCUCAACACAAAGUGGUCGGGCGUUACGUGGGAUCAGAUGAACGAAGCUAUAAGUGAGAAGACCACGCUAAAGGGGAAGGCAAGUCACUACGUGAAGAAGCCGAAGGAAGACAUAAAACUGUUAUGGAAAUUUGUCGGUCCAGAGACUAUCCUCGUUGGACACAGCGUUCAUAAUGACCUCAAGGCACUGAAGUGGAUACACACAAAAGUCGUAGACUCCUACGUCGUAGAGCACAAGAUCAUUCAGGAGAAGAAGGCAAUCGAAGCCAGAGAAAAAGAGCUUAGUGAAGAGGCGGCAAGAAGGGUGGAGGAGUGCCUUCCGGAGGUCACAGGACUAGCGACGAGUAGCAUGCUUACCCCAGCGACUGAUGCGCAGACAAUGAUCGACUCGACCAACCCCACUGAGGGUGAGCCCAAGAAGAAGAAGAAAAAGGGUACGGGUGAUCUGGCGUUGAAGACACUGCUAAAGAAGUACCUGGACACGGACAUUCAGACCAAAGGCAAUAAAGGUCAUGAUAGCUUGGAAGACGCAACUGCGGCGCGGGAUCUGGUUCACUGGAUGGUGAUGCGGAGACUCCAGGAUAAGUACGGCGUAUUGAUGUAG